CCAAUGGAAUGACUUUUAAACCUUACAGAUUUGCAAAAGGAAUAAAGUUCUUCCAAGCCAAUACUGACUAUCGUAGUAUUGUCUACCAUGACAUCGAGACACCUUUCAUGGCGACCUACAUUCGCUUCCAACCCUCAAAUUGGCAUGGCAGGAUCUGUAUGCGAGUCGAGGUUUAUGGCUGUUCUACAGCGACCAUGUGCAACAAACCAUUGGGAAUGCAAAACGGAAGAAUAGCAAACCGUAAAAUCACAGCUUCAACGUACUAUAACAAUGGCUUGAAGCCAGAUCAUGGCCGACUUAACACCAGGCGAGGAGGGACAUCGUGGUCAGCUAGAGUCAAUAACCAUAACCAAUGGUUCCAAGUAGACUUUGGAAGUCCUAAGAAAGUCACUCAAAUUGCAACCCAGUCCAGAUACAAUGCGCACCAGUGGGUAACGUCAUACUAUGUGUAUUAUAGUCAAGAUGGUGUCCAUUGGUCUAUAUAUAGGUACAAGAGCUCAAAUAAGCUUUUCCAAGCAAAUAGGGACAGAUUUUCUACCGUCUUUAAUGCCAUCAAUCCACCAAUAACAGCUCGAUUUGUCCGUAUCAACCCACGUGGUUGGAGAUCACAUAUUUCAAUGAGAGCUGAGUUCUACGGUUGUGCUACAGAUAAGUGCUCUCUACCCCUUGGUAUGCAAGAUGGUAGAAUAACCCGCUCCCACGUGACCGCCACCUCAAUGUACAACAGUCACUAUGCGCCCUGGAAUGGUCGCCUACAGGAGAUAAACCACGGUAGUGUUCGAGGAGCCUGGAUUGCGAGAGUCAAUAACCGUAAUCAGUGGAUUCAAAUCGACUUGGAAGCCAAUACUAGAGUCAAGGGUAUCGCUACUCAAGGACGAUAUGAUGCGAACCAAUGGGUGACCAAGUAUACAUUGUACUAUGGACCUCAGCCGGGAAAACUUACUGUUUAUAGAGAAGGACGUAGCCCUAGGAUUUUCCAAGGCAAUAACGACAGAUAUUUUGUGGUGCGUCAUAGCCUUCGCCAGUCCUUCAAGGCCCGUUACAUACGCAUCCAUCCAACCCAUUGGUAUGGACACAUAUCUAUGAGAUUCGAGUUGUACGGCUGCAGGCUCAGUCCUAUGUGUAAUCGUCCCAUGGUUACUCGCAUUGCAGACAGCAAGAUAACAGCGUCUACUUAUUAUAAUCAGAAUCUGCGGCCAUCUAGAGCACGUUUUUCUCGUAAAGGAUAUGUUGGUUCUUGGGUGGCUCGUCUUCGAAAUCAUAACCAAUGGCUUCAAUUUGAUUUCGGACGCCCAUCAAAGAUUGUGCGAGUUGCUACAAAAGGCAGAUCCAACGCUCAUCAAUGGGUCACCAGGUAUUACCUGUCGUACAGCCAGGAUGGAGUGCGCUUUACUGAAUACAAGUAUAAGUCAUCAAGAAAGUAUUUCUAUGGUAACAAGGAUCAAAACACCGUYAAUGCACAUUACCUUUUCCCGCCAAUCCGUGCUCGGUACAUCCGCAUUCAUCCUUACGCAUGGAGAAGCUACAUUGCAAUGAGAGCAGAGUUCUAUGGCUGCAACGCUGAUGUCUGUACGAUGCCUCUCGGGCUUGAGAACAACGUCAUUCCUUCUGGUAACUUUCGUGCAAGUAGCUCUUACAACUACAAUUAUGGACCAGAGAGAGCCAGGCUUAACAAAAGAAACAUUCAUGGCCGURUUGGAGGAUGGUGUCCAAAACACAGAAAUAGAAACCAAUGGAUAGUAGUUGAUCUGGGACGACCUGCUAAGAUCACCGGAAUAGCAACACAGGGUGGUCACGCUAGAAACUACUAUGUGAAAAGCUAUAGGGUCAUGCAUAGUUUGGAUGGCGUAAGAUUCAAGCCAUACCUCGAGUACGGACGACAAAGGACGUUCAGAGGCAACUACAACUACUACACGGUCGUUGCAUACAGGUUCUCGCCAGCUGUACGAGCACGCUACAUCAGAGUACAUCCGAUCACGUGGCAUUCCUGGCCUUACUUCCGGUUUGAGUUGUAUGGUUGUUUCUAUGGAGGAGCUCGAUAUUGUACCAACGCUGUUGGUGUUCAAAGCCCUCGCCGAAUUAGCAAUGGUCAGUUGACAGCUUCAUCAACAUACAACACAAACACUCCAGCAAGACUCGCCAGGUUACACUUGAAGAAAGCUGGAAAAUUCAGUGGUGGAUGGAUAGCCAAGUACAAUAACCGCAACCAAUGGCUUCAGAUUAACUUGAGAAGAACAAUGAAAAUCAAUGCGAUAGCAACGCAGGGACGACAGGACGCCGCUCAGUGGGUAACGUCCUAUUAUAUCAAGUACAGUUUGAACGGAGAAAACUUUGCUGUCAAGCGUCACUGGUAUUCCACAGUCAAUACCUUCCAAGCCAACCGCGAUAGCAACUCCGUGGUAACCAACACCUUUAAUAUCCCUAUCUACACUCGCUACCUCCGUAUCGAACCCCGAGGAUGGAGGUCACGCAUUGCGAUGAGAGUUGAAGUGUAUGGAUGCAARCGUUGCAAUGUUCCCCUUGGAAUGCAAAAUAGACGAAUCUUAAACAGCAGAAUCACAGCAUCAUCGGUCUGGGACAACAAUCUUGGCACCCACUUGUCACGCCUUCACUCUUCUCGCUCAUGGAGUGUCAAAACCAAGAACCGUUACCAAUGGCUGCAAGUAGAUUUUGGUCGCGCUACACGAGUGACCAAGAUUGCAACGCAAGGGCGUAAGGACGCCAGACAAUGGGUCACACAGUACACCCUGUCUUACAGCCAAGAUGGCGCUGUGUUUGUCGAUUACAAAGUGAAAUCAUACGCUAAAAAGUAUUUCACAGGAAACAGAGACCAGAAUUCUCUGGUCAUCCACAACCUGUUCCCACGCAUAAGAGCUCGUGUUAUUCGGGUUCACCCAUACAACUGGUACAGUCAUAUCUCGAUGCGAGUCGAAUUCUACGGCUGCGCAGAAGAUCGAUGUUUCAUGCCUCUUGGAGUGGAAGACAAGCGAGUUCGUAAUGGACGMAUGACAGCAUCUACAUACUACAACCAUCACCUCCAGCCAGCUCAUGGCCGUCUCAACCAYCGAUGGUCUUGGUCUUCUAAAAACCAUAAUGCUAAYAACUGGUUGCAGGUCAAUCUGAUGAACCUCAAGACAGUCAAAGGAAUCGCUACCCAGGGUCGAUACGAUGCUAAUCAGUGGGUCAAGACCUACAAGGUUUAUUACAGCCAGGAUGGGGUCAAGUUUACAGCCUACAGUGACCGGCCACGAGUCAGGGGACAAAGACCUCCCCCACCUAAGAUCUUCAAAGGCAAUACAGACCGACACACCAUCGUUUUCCAAGAGUUCGUAAGACCUUUCCGCGCGCUGUACGUUCGUAUUUAUCCUAUAACUUUCUACCAUUGGAAAUCAAUGAGGGUCGAGCUCUUUGGAUGUGAAGAUACUCCUUGUGGCAAACCUCUUGGAAUGAAAACCAAUCGCAUCAGAAACAGCCAAUUGACAGCCUCGUCUACUUGGUCCAACCAUUACGCACCCUAUUUGGGAAGACUCCAUAACAGACCAAAGGGAAGGAGUCAAGCUGCAUGGUGCGCCAAACAUAACAACUACUACCAAUGGCUGAAGGUUGAUUUCCGUCGGCUCACAAGACUGACYAGGAUCGAUACCCAAGGUCGUUUCAAUAGCAGGCAGUAUGUCAAACAGUAUUAUCUGCAUUAUAGUGUCGAUGGGGUACAUUGGGCAAUUUACCGCAAGAAGAAUGCAGACAAGUUGUUUUACGCCAAUCGAGAUCAAUACUCCAUCAAGAGUAACACCAUCGACCCUCCAAUCUAUGCUCGCUAUCUCAAAAUCCAACCAAGAAGCUGGUAUUCAAGGAUCUGUAUGAGAGUGGAAUUCUAUGGAUGUCCCGCAGGUAGACAGAAGGCUAUUCGUUUUCUUGCCAAUCGAGACAGGAAUACCAUCAAAUACAACAUGUUUAACCCUGCAAUAAGAGCGCGGUAUGUACGAGUAGAACCGUAUCGAUGGAGAAGCUGGAUCUCCAUGAGGGUUGAGUUCUUUGGGUGCUACAUAAGUAAGUACACUACCAUAAACCUUCUUGAAAUGUUCGCAAAUUGUCUAGACAACAUGACAGUACAACCUGAUCAGUACCCGUAG